GCGACCUAGCUUACUGUAUUUAUGAGCGGAACGGUAGCAGGCUUGAAACGGGAUGUACUUUUCACCGCUUAAUAGUUUAUUAUUUUAGAUACGGUACAGCGUUUCCUGGUAGAACAUAAUAUUAGUAUGGUAUCACACAAGGAGUCCGGAAAAGUUUGUUACUUUCUUUUAUGGUAACGUUUGCUACAGCUAGCGAGCUAGCUAUUCGCCACUUCAUUUCUGCUUUGAGAGAAAGGAGUACUUUUGAGUUUUCUCUUUCCCGGUUAACGGCUUUGCAACGAAUGGGAUUAAUUAAUUCGAUGAGAAGAGCAAAAAAACAAGGUGUUAGAUGGUGAGUCUGCAGGCAGUGCGGUAUGCUGAAGCGCGCCUGCCUGUGUCAGAAUGAGUGUCACAGAUGGCGAGGGGGCAGCUAGCCAAGACGGGAGGGCCUACGUUCUUCAGAUCUACCCCCGGCUCUCCCGGGAGACGGCGCCAUGCUGCACCCUCAGAGUCCACAAGGAGGCGACGGCGGGCACCGUCAUCCAGGACGCGGCCGCCACCCUGGGCCUGGACCCCUCCCGGCGCUACGUGCUGGCGGAGGUGAAGGAGUGCGGCGGGGAGGAGUGGGUGCUGGAGGCCAGCGACCUGCCCGUGCAGCGGGUGCUGCUGUGGCCGCGCCGCGCCCAGGACCAGCACCCGCAGAGCGAAGGCUUCUACUUCCUCCUGCAGGAGCGCAACCACGACGGCUCCAUCCACUACGUCCACCUGCCCGCGCUGCGGCAGGAGCGGGAGGCCCAGCGGCUGCUCGCCCGCGGCUUCCUCCCGCCGCGGCACGAGGACUUUGACGACCUGUGCAACCUGCCCGUGCUGAACGAGGACGGCAUCCUGGACAACCUGCGCACCCGCUUCCAGAAAAAGAAGAUCUACACCUACGCCGGCAGCAUCCUCAUCGCCAUCAACCCCUUCAAGUUCCUGCCCAUCUACAACCCCAAGUACGUCAAGAUGUACGAGAACCACCAGCUGGGCAAGCUGGAGCCGCACAUCUUCGCCAUCGCCGACGUGGCCUACUACGCCAUGCUGCGCAAGCACGUCAACCAGUGCAUCGUCAUCUCCGGGGAGAGCGGCUCGGGAAAGACUCAGAGCACCAACUUCCUGAUCCACUGCCUGACGGCGCUCAGCCAGAAGGGCUACGCCAGCGGGGUGGAGAGGACCAUCCUGGGGGCGGGACCAGUGCUGGAGGCAUUUGGCAACGCAAAGACCGCCCACAACAACAACUCCAGCCGCUUUGGGAAAUUCAUCCAAGUCAACUAUCUGGAGAGUGGUGUAGUCCGUGGGGCGGUUGUUGAAAAGUACCUCCUUGAGAAAUCUCGGCUGGUCUCCAGAGAGAAGAAUGAAAGGAAUUACCAUGUGUUUUACUACCUGCUGGUGGGAGCGUCGGAGGAGGAGCGCAAGGAGUUUAAACUUCUACAGCCUGAAGAAUACCUCUACCUCAAGCAGCAAAACUUUAAGAUAGAAGAUGAAGAAGACCUCCGGCACGAAUUUGAGAGGCUGCUGCAGGCCAUGGAGAUGGUGGGCUUCCUGCCUGCCACCAAGAAACAAAUUUUCUCAGUACUGUCUGCCAUCCUGUACCUCGGAAACGUGACGUACAGGCGCAAGUCGACGGGCAGAGACGAGGGGCUGGAUGUGGGGCCCCCGGAGGUCCUCGCUACCCUGUCUGACCUGCUCAAGGUAAAAGAGGAGCUAUUGGUGGAAGCGCUCACAAAGAGGAAAACAGUGACAGUCAAUGACAAACUCAUUCUCCCCUACAGCCACUGUGAGGCCAUCACUGCCCGGGACUCCAUGGCAAAGUCUCUGUACAGCGCCCUGUUUGACUGGAUUGUCCUACGCAUCAAUCACGCGCUGCUCAACAAGAAAGACAUGGAAGAAUCUGUUACGUGUUUGUCCAUAGGUGUGCUGGACAUAUUUGGAUUUGAGGACUUUGAGAACAACAGCUUUGAACAGUUCUGUAUCAACUACGCCAAUGAGCAGCUUCAGUAUUACUUCAACCAGCACAUCUUCAAACUUGAGCAGGAGGAGUACCAGGCAGAGGGCAUCACCUGGCACAACAUUGAUUACACAGACAAUGUGGGCUGCAUCCACCUGAUCAGCAAGAAGCCCACAGGACUCUUCUACCUGCUGGAUGAGGAGAGCAACUUUCCUCAUGCCACUGACAAAACCCUGCUGGCCAAGUUCAAGCAGCAGCAUCAUGGCAACAAAUACUUUGUGCCCACCCCAGUGAUGGAGCCGGCCUUCGUGAUCCGCCACUUUGCUGGGAUGGUCAAGUACCAGAUCAAGGAUUUUCGGGAGAAGAACACGGACCACAUGCGGCCCGACAUCGUGGCGCUCCUGCGCAGCAGCGACAAGGCGUACGUGCGGCAGCUCAUCGGGAUGGACCCGGUGGCCAUGUUCCGCUGGGGCAUCCUCCGCGCCACCAUCCGCAGCAUGGCGGCCUUCAACGAGGCGGGGCGCCGCUGGGCGGCCAAGACGGCAGGUGUGGUGAGACGCAGCUCUCGGACUCCCCUGGGGGAGCUGCAGCGGGCCAACACCUCUGUGGAGAAGCUGUACCGCCGUACCUCUUUGCUCGAUUUCUCCUUUGAUCAUUCUGAGGAGCGCCCACUAGAGGCCUUCGAAGACAUCUUUACUAGCUAUGAGAGUAAGAAGGACAUGCAUGCCCAAAUCAUCAGCUCCAUAAAGGACUUGCAGUUGGAUGGUGAGGACCCUCGCAAGCUACUGCAGUCCUGGGGUCGUCUGCGCUUCCCUCGCCACGUCCUUCAGAAGAACAAGAGCACCAGGCAGAAGCAGCUCAUUCCCAAGAAUCUCAUCGACUCCCGAUCGCUCAAGUUCAUAGUGGGCCUCACCCUGCACGACCGCACCACCAAGUCCCUGCUCCACCUGCACAAGAAGAAGAAGCCACCCAGCAUCAGCGCUCAGUUCCAGGCGUCCCUGAGUAAGCUGCUGGAGACGCUGGGCAGGGCAGAGCCCUUCUUCAUCCGCUGCAUCCGCUCCAACGCUGAGAAGCUGGAGAUGUGCUUCGAUGAGGCUCUAGUUCUGCAGCAGCUGCGGUACACGGGCAUGCUGGAAACAGUGCGUAUCAGAAGGUCCGGUUACGGUGCCAAGUACACCUUCCAGGAGUUUGUCGAGCAGUUCCGAGUACUGCUGCCGAAGAACGCCGCGCCAUCUCAGGAGAACAUCUCCGCCCUGCUGCAGAAGAUGGGCCUGGACAACACCACCUACCAGAUCGGCAAAACCAAGGUGUUCCUGAAGGAGCCGGAGCGGCAGAAGCUCCAGGACAUCCUCCACAAAGAUGUCAUGCACAAGAUCAUCUUCCUGCAGCGCUGGUUCCGUGCCAAGUCGGAGAGGAGGAGCUUCAUGCGCAUGAGAGAGGCGGCCAUCAUCAUCCAGCGGGCAUGGCGCCGGCUCCGCGAGGAGAGCCGAUGCAGGGCGGCCACCCUGAUCCAGGCCGCGUGGCGGGGCUCCCGGCAGAGGGCGGAAUACCUGCGGGAGCGUGCCAGCAUCACGAAGAUGCAGGCGCUGGCGAGGGGGAAUUCAGCACGGAAGAGGUGCCACUCCUUGCGGGAAGAGAGGAGGCAAAUGGAGGAGGAAGAAGCCAGGAGGAAGGCAGAGGAGGAGGAAGCAGCCAGACGAGCGCUGGAGGCGGAGCGGGAGGCCGCAGAGAGGGCGAGGCAGGAGGAAGAGGCACGGCAGAGGGAGGCGAAGGAGGAAGAAGGAAAGGAGGAAGUUGAGGGUCAGGAGCCGGCAGCUGAGGACGGUGAGGUGGGCCAGGGGGAGGACAGCGUUCAGGUCCCAGGCACAGCAGCAGAGGAGGAGAGAGGCGGGGCAGAGCUGGUGGAAGAGGAGGCAGAGGCCACUGUCUCCCCACCUGAGGAAGAGGAGGAAGAGGCUGCUCUCUCCCCUCCUGAGGAAGAGGAGUCAGGGGCUGUACAUGCCACACAGCAAGAGGAGGAGAUGGAGACAGAAGCUGCUGCUGUCCCCGCGCCAGAGGAUGAGAAGGGGGAGACGGAGACUGUUUCUCCAGCACCGCAGGAGGAAUCGGAGGAGACGGAGGCUUCUACUGCUGCUCCCACACUGGAGGACGAGAAGAAGGAGAGUGCCACCUCCCCGCAGGAGAAGAGGCCCAGGCCUCCCCCGCUCCACAAGAGCGCAGCAUCCAGGAGCCAGGAGAAGAGAGAGCUGAGGAGACAGCGUGGCCUGGAGCACAGCCAGCGGGAGAGCCAGCGGGCUGCCUCAGCCAACAAGGAGGACGCGGCCUUAAAGGCCAAACCUCAGGAGGCAGCCGGCGGGACAGAGAGCAAGCUCAAAGAGCGGGCUGACAGCAAGGAGCUCGACCAGUACACCUUUGUAGCCUGGAAGGUGAAGGAGGAGAAAGGGAAGAAGGAGUCCAAGGCCGCCUCUUCCCAGCCAGCCAGGCCCUCCUCCCUGUCCCUGACCUCCCCCGGCAAGCCCGAGAGGAACGGCCACGGGGAGUCCCCCAGCCCCAACAACAUGGGCUCGCUGCACCGCUACAACAAGCAGGCGGCCAUGAAGGAGAAGGGUGAGAAGUGGAAGGAGAGGAGGAGUGAGGGAGGACACCUGGACAGCCCCGAACCCCAUGGCCUAGAGGACAGGAGGACCAAGGCUUUACAGACUCGAGGAAUCUCUGCAUCUCUGGAUAACGUGUCCAAAUUCAGCUCAUCUGGAUCUGACAGUCCUGGUGUCUCGCCAUCAAACAAAGAGGUCAGGGUGCGCUUCCGCAAGCGCCCCAAGCGCAAGCGCCGGCUAGCCUUCGCCCGUAACCGCUUGGCGUUUAAAAGUGCAGAAAUGGUGGACGUGGAGUACUGGACCUUCCCACUGCCCCCCAUCAGCCCUGGGGGGCCCCUCCACCCCAGCAAGCCCAGGGUCCAGCAGAUUCAGUCCCCUUCAGAAGUCACCCCUGACGGGGCUAAGGUCAGCACCAUGAAGCGGAGGCCCAAUGACAGUUCGGGUCACCAGGACGCAGGCCAUGCACAGCCGUCCACCCCGGAGAGGUCAGGGUUCCUGAGAAAGAUCCUGAAGAAGCGCCCCCACAAAGAGGCUCAGACGCCUGACGAUGGAGACCUGACCCUGGCGCAGAGCCUCGUGGAGAGAGGAGCCGAAGAGCCCUCCGGCAGCCGCGUCCACCGCAACCCCACCAUCAAGAUCAGCCGCGCCACGCGGGUCUCCGAGACGUGGAACGCAUCGCUGGAUCGCGAGAUCACCAACGCUAACGAGCUGCGCCACCUGGACGAGUUCCUGGGGAACCAGGUCAAUGACCUGCGCUCACGAGGGAAGAAACUGUCUGCGACGGAGGACAUCUUCAUCACGGCCACCAUGCAGUUCAGAGAGACCAUCAAGGGCAUGUACUCUCUCACGAAACCACAGAUUGCCUAUAGGGGGCUGAUGAGGGGCUAUCAGCACAAGGUGGCCAGUCUGGCUGGGGAGAAGCAGAAGUCUGAGGUCCAGCUGGUAGUGAAUUUGUUCCAGUCAGUUCUUGAUGGGUUCAUUCGCGGAGAGAUAAAGAAGGAGGAGGCAGAACCAGUUAAGCCGGCGAAAGCUCGCAAGAAAAGGCGGAAAAAAGACAAGAGUCUGGAAAACCCUCUGGAUCACAUGUUCAACACAUACCAGGUGAACAUCAUGCAGUCCUGUGACCAGUGCAGCUCCUACAUCUGGGGUAUGGAGAAGGCCUGCAUGUGCAGCUCUUGUAAAAUGGUGUGUCACAAGAAGUGCCUCUCCAAAAUCACCACAGACUGCUCCACCUAUUCAGCCAUGAAGUGUGAUGACGACUCAGGCUCCAUGCACUUUGGGGUCCGUGUGGGCCGCCUGAUCAGUGAUAAGAACCCGGUGCCCAUCGUCUUGGAGAUGAUGCUGGAGCACGUGGAGAUGAAUGGUUUGUACACAGAGGGCAUCUACAGGAAAUCAGGCUCCGCCAACCGCAUGAAGGAACUGCACCAGCUGCUGGAGACAGACCCGUCAGUGGUGUGCCUGGAGGACUACCCCAUCCAUACGGUCACCGGCCUGGUUAAACAGUGGCUGCGGGAGCUGCCGGACCCUCUCAUGACCUUCACUCAUUACAGUGACUUCCUGCGUGCCGUGGAAUUACCUGAAAAGCCGGAACAGCUCCAUGCCAUUUACAAAGUGGUGGACCAGCUUCCUUCCGCCAACUUCAACACCCUGGAAAGACUUAUCUUCCAUCUUGUCAGAGUGGCCAAAGAGGAGAAGCACAAUCGCAUGUCCCCCAACUCUCUGGCCAUUGUAUUUGCCCCCUGCAUCCUCCGCUCGCCCGACACUGCAGACCCCCUCAUGAGCAUGAAGGACGUUGCCAAGACAACCACGUGUGUGGAGAUGCUUAUUAUGGAGCAGACCAGGCGAUACAAUGAGAAGAUGGAAGAGAUUGAGCAGCUGGAGUACGCAGAGACUCUGGCGGUCAACCAGCUGAAGCUGAAGAGACAGAACACGCACUGCCGUUUACCGCUCAGGUUUUCCCCUCCUUACAAAGGAGUGGUGGUCCAUGAGAAAGCACAUUCAGAUCUGAGUGUGGUCCCUGAGAACGAGCCCACGGACUCAGACACUGAGGGGGAAAAGAGCCUCAUGGAGAGGAUCAAGUCCAUCAAGCAGGAGAAGGAGGACCUGGCCUGCAGACUGCCCGAGCUGGACCAGCCUGGCUCGGACCAGGAGAACCUGGACUCGGAGGCCUCUGUGAGUUCUGAGAGCCUGCUGGAAGACCGGACCGGGAACUCGGACACCGAAGGGAAGAUGAGCGCAGUGCCGAAAAAGCCCAAGCCAGCCUGCCCUCCCAAGCCCGCCGACCUGGCGCAGAAGCCCAAAAUGGCGAUCGCGUGCGCCGCCGCGCACCGCUCCUCGCUUCCCUCCCUGCCGACGGCGCGGCUGCAGUUAGACCGCCGCCAUCCCAUCAUCCCCAGCACUGUCAAACUGCCUCCGGGCAUCCUCUCCCACGCGGCUUCGCAGACCCUGUCCCCCCUCAGCGCCCGUGCUCAGACCAUGGUGAGGAGGCGGGAGCAGCCGGCACGCCGCAAAGACAGCAUCCAGUCCCUCUACAUCACCCCCGGCAUGGAUCCCUUCCCCUCUCCCCCCUCCGCCUCCACACCCAACGACCACCAGCCCGCCGCUAAAGUCAAGCGCCGCUUCUCCGACCCCGACAUACCCUACAUAGAUGACGAUGUCUAACAUGAGACGGAGGGAACGCUAAGGAGUGUGGGAGAGAGUCCAGGAUCUGUUACUUUUAUCAUGGGAUUUGCCCAUGGACAUCUGAGUAUGAUACAGUUGUGAUUAUGAUAAUUAUUAAAAAUGAUAUUGUUUCAUCAAGCACUUUUUCUAUAAUUGUAAAGUUUUAUAAAAGACAUUAAAAACUGUGCUGCAUUUUAGGCAGCAGCUAGGACGUUAUUAUGGACCAAUGUUUUUUUUUAUUUUGCCAUCUAUUUUCAGAAAGGGACUACUUAAGGCAAGUCAAGAUGCAGAUUGUUGCACCUCUCCAUUCCUUGCAUUGAGCGCUGUGUCAGGGGACCAAAAUGGAGUUCUCAAAGUCUACACAAGUGUGCCUUAUUACUUAUUCCAUACUUUACAAAAUGCAUCAUUUGUUUGUUCCAUUUUAAUUAUGAAUGGGAUUGUGGAUUCAGUGUAAUGGUUACUUUCAAAUGUCCUUCUGUUAUGGUUGUAACAUCUUUGUCAGCAAGCUCAACUGAGGGUUGUGCAUUUUCCCGCAUUACUUUGGUGCAUUAUUUGCAGCGGACCAGUGUUGGGUUUCACCCUCUCCCUCAUGCCCCUCUGAAAUCAGCAAGGUUUGGAUGGACUGCUUUCCUUUAUCAAAAGAAAAAUGGGACCUCUGGUGGUCGCACUAGCCACUUUUCUCUUGAACAAAAAAGGCCAAACCACAUGAGUGUGCCAUUACUGCAAUCAGUUUUUAAGUAGUUUUCCAAGACAUUCCGAGACAUUUUUUCUACAUUGCUGAACAUGAACUGUUUCCAAUUCUUAAGUGGGAAAUGGAAUCCAGGGUUAUAAUUACCUUGAAAAUUAUUACUAAUAUAAUAGAGGGGAACUGUGGGUUGAUUCAUAUUGUUUUGUGUCUUGAUUAAAUAGCCAUGCCCUUAUUUGUAACACUUACUGUUAGAGAAUGGUGUGUGCUCGUAAUCUCUUUCCAAGGACACAUUCAUCUGUAGCUCACUUAACCAGAUAAACGGAGAGCAUGCGAAAUGCCUAAUAUAAAGCAGAUGUCUAGCCAUGCAUCCUGUACUGUUGGUCGGAGGGGAGCCUAUUGUGCGAUGUGUUUGUAUUUAAACAAGCUGAGAAGUUCCCUGUCACAGUACUGUUCUCCUUCCCUUCACACUACUGCAAAUACCAUUGCACUUUCAACAUAUGAUGCAAUCAAAGUGGUGAAAUGGCCUGUUUUGCAAGCGGAGAUGCAAUGGUUCCUAAAAUUAAUAGCACACGUUGAUGCACCCAAGAUCUUUGAGCAACAUAAAGUGUUCAGGAACCGGUUCAGAAACCGGUAAAUUUGCGUUCACCUUCCUGAGGAAUCUGGUCAGUGUGGCUAUUCCGGGGCUACUCUGAAAUAUGAUCUUCAUGUUCUGCUCCUCCUUUCAUGUUUUCAGUUUAAUGAUUUCCUGUAAUUCUACUCCACAAUCCUCCAAAUGAAAUAUAUUGCAAUGCAUUGUCAUUUUAGUAUUUAUUUAAAAAUCUGAUGCUGUCAAAUGGCCGAUAAUUGCAGGUAUUAUUCUCCAUGAAUCCAGAACUGAGCUAAAAAAAAAAAAAAAAGUACGCACUGUGGCAACCACUUGACUGAAUUUUUCCAGUAUAUUUUUAAAUACUUGGCUUUUGCAGAAUAUCAGCAUCAUUUUAAACAGGCCAGCAGCCUCUUGGGAUUCUGAAUGUUAAACGCUUUGGUCAUGCACCAUUUUAAUGUUUUGUGCUGGAAACAGACUUGCAUUCUGGGUCUUGUGAGAAGUAACGCGAGACUGCUGUAAACUUCUGUCAAACGUCUGUUUUGCUCUCUGGAGUUCUCAAAUAGUAUGCAUAGCAUCACAGUGUAGUUUCAAAGGAGUUCAAGCAACUGUGCUUACCUGAGCAGUGAGAUGUACAGUAUGGUUGCAUGGUGUACUGUGUGUUAAAGAGGUCCUAGAGAGGCACAGGGGGGGUAAAUACAUAGACCUCAUACUGCACUGCGCGGUUUAAAAAAAUCAUUUUAUGACCUACUUUAGGUGAUUUCCAUUUUUAAUUUCAAGAUGGUUACAAAUGGCUGCUUUUGCAUGUUUGGUCUAGAAUGCUCUUUUCUGGUGUAUUCCUCAAUUUCUCAAUUUCAAGGGUGUAGUCUGAAAAGGUAUGAAUGUGUCUGAUGGUAAUGUAUGAGUGUAUUUGACAGUACAGUAGUGUAUCAACAGGAGUAGUAAAUCAACAAGAUUUGUGUAUUUUGUUCAUCUUCUUUUCUUAUUGUUAUUCAUCCUUGACAAGAUUGUAUGUGUUUUCUCCAGAGGAAGAGCAACAAUAAAGUUACAGUGCCAAUGUUUUUGGCAUGUUUUAUACACGAUUGCUCAGGAAAACAAUGAGUCCUAUUUGAUAAGUGCUAGAGUGGGGCAAUUCAGAUACACAGUUCAGUAUUGUAUAGGUUGACUUAACAGGUG